AUGCCGAAGUGCCUGUUCAAGAACGCCGGCGGGGUUCCGGCAGAACAAGUUCCGAUCCCGGACGCUUCGCACGCGGGGCGGCGACGGGGGGACGUGCGGGGGGGCGUGCGGGGGGAUGAGGAGGAGCCGCUCUCCUGCUGCGCGAAGGAGAAGAUAACGACGGAUGCCAACCCGGAGGAGAGACAGCAGCAGCAGCAGCAGCUGUCAGGCUUACUGCGAGGCUGGGACCCGCUCCCCGGCGCGAAGGAAGGAGAUGUCACAACAGAUGCCAGCCCGGAAGGAGACCGGCGACGAACAACGCCGGUGCCGGUCAAGCUCGUGACCUGGGGCUGGGCGACCGCCUGGCUGUGCGCCGCCCUGGUGGGGCUGGUGGUUGUGGUGAUGGGCAUCGGCCGGGAUAACCCUCCGGUAGACUGGUCGGCUUGGACAGAAGACGCCCGGUCAGCGGCGGCGGCGGCGUCUACCACCGCGACGACAAGCGCGGGCGACCUCCCCCCCCCAGCGGUGGCGGAAGACUUCGCGGGGGGUGGAGGAGAAGGGGCUAGCACGGCGACGAGAGGGGGGGGCGACGGGAACGAAUCGGCGGGGCAACCAGGGGGUGUGCACCGGCUGGUGUCCGAUUGCGCGCGGCAGCUUGUGCUGCCCGGGUUCGGCUGCGACGAGCCGGUGCUUGCGGACCAGUACCGGGUGCCCUUGAUGGAGUCCGGGGACGCGUCCUGCGGGUUUGAGACCCGAAUGCCGGACGAGAAGCUCUUGGACUUGGCCUCGAAGUACGAGUUUCUCUUCAUUGGGGAUAGCACGACUCGCAGGCUCGCGGAGAGCUUCGUCUCGAUCGUUUCGGGUCGGGCGUCAACCCACCCGGUCGUGCAUCACCGCAUCGACAUGUCCAGGGGGGACCUGAAGGUUACGUUCCUGUGGGCGCCUUGCUGCUCCGUGGGCGGCGGGGUCAGCGCCGCCGUGCGGGACGCCCUGGGCUUCAGGAGCAGCACGUACGGUAGCGACAACAACUACGACGGCGACGACGAUGAAAACGACGAUGAAAACGACAGCCCCAGGCGCACGGUCAUCUUCACGGCUUUCGGGGUCCACGACGCCACGGAGCUGCGGAAGGCCGAGAGGGACCCGGAGCUGAACCAGUGGUAUCCGAUGGGUCUCCCGCAGGCGGCGGUGGCGACGGACGGGCCGACGGCGGCCGCCCUCCAGACCUGCCGGGACGCCACCCGCGAGCUCGUCGAGGUGGCGGCGGCGGGGGCGGGGGCGGGGGCGGGGGCGGCAUCACGGGCAUCAGUUGGCGACGGUGGCGGCGGCGGCGGCGGCGGCAAAGAUCCGUCUUUAUCGGAAGCAACAGGAGGAGGAGGAGGGGGUCAGGUAGCAGUCAACGCGGACGGCAGGAGGGACGGCAUCGCGGACAAGAAGCUCCGGGGCGGCGGCCGCGGCGGCGGCGGCGGCGACGGCGGCGUGUCGUCCGAGGUGGCGGUGCACGAGUCGGACGGACACGGCAGCAAUAGCAGUAGGAGCACCGAGGCCGCGGACGGCGGCGGCGGCGGUGGUGGUGGCGGGUCUCCUCCGCCCCUGGUCUUCCUGCUGCAGAACAACCCGUUCAACCCGGGCAGCGAGCACGACUACUUCCUGCAGCAGCUGCACAGGAUCCAGGAGCAGGUCAUAGACGAAGCUGCGGCGGAACAAGCUGCGGCUAAACAAGGCUGCGAACAGCACCAAGACUGCGAACAGCAACAACGAGGAGGAGGCGGAGGAGGAGGAAGGGUGUUCUUGCUGCGGGACAGAGAUAGCCUGUACAGCAGCAUGUCGUGCUACCGCAUCGACCGCUCGAUCCACUUCCACGAGCCGGUCAAGCUCGUCGAGGGAAAGAUGCUGUGGCAUCUGGUUGACAUUGCUGGGGCAAGCGGGAGCUAG